CGGGCGCGCGCCGCCCGGCUCAGUCGCCACCGCCGCGCGCUCCGACCCGCUCGUCUCCUACACCUGCACUUGACAGCUGCCGAUAACCCACACAACAUUCGCUGUGUUACAAACACUAAUAAACUGUCACAACUGAUAUCACUAUUUGAUUAAAGCCAACCGCGCUGCGGACGUUUACGCGAAUGUGAUUGAAGCAAACAAAUCCUUGUGUCAUGUGAGAGUGCUGCUGAAGCUCGCAAAUCUUCAGGCGGCUGUCUAAACGGUGUAGGACGGCUCCAAAGGUCAUGUAACAUGAUUCUAAAAAACGAAAAUACGAAGAGAAAAUGAGAUUUAACUCUCCACUUACAUACAAUUCAAUAAAAAGCUAAACCUGUGAUUUAUGCAAUGGCUUGUACGCUAGAAAUGACGUGAAUAUUGUGGCGGGUAUGUGUUAGCUUAUUAUGGGAGCCGCAUGGAGUCGCGUGCGCAGAUGACUCACACGCUGCCGACCAAGCAUCGCCCUGAGGCAACCUACAGGAGUUGCUCGCAAUCCCUGCCGCUUGACAUUCUAUGGUUGCCGCGGUCGUCGUUCCGGCCGGCGGAGGGCGAGCUGGCAGACUGCGUGCUGGUGGUGGGGGUGUCGCGGCCCAAGCUGGCGGCCGCGCUGCUCUCCGUCACGCUGCUGUCUCUCUUCCUCACCUUCCAUGUGCUGUAUGACAGCGCGUUGUACAGCAUACAGGCGGCGAGUAUGGCGUCGGCCGCGAGCGAAAGCCGUAAGAUCCUCCAAACCCAAGAGAGCAAUACAAGAACUAUCAACCAUCCCAUGGCACUACGGAAGCGGUUACGACCCCCUCGGCAACCCAGACCUGCACGUAGACUCCCACAGGCUCUUAUAAUAGGUGUCAGAAAAUGCGGGACCCGAGCGUUACUGGAGAUGCUGUACCUCCAUCCGAUGGUGCAGAAGGCGUCAGGAGAAGUGCACUUCUUUGAUAGAGAUGAGAACUAUGCGUUAGGACUAGAGUGGUACCGAAGUAAAAUGCCGCUGUCCUUCAAAGGACAGAUCACGAUAGAAAAGAGCCCGAGCUACUUUGUUACUCCCGAGGUACCAGAACGUGUUCGAGCAAUGAACUCCUCAGUUCGAUUACUGCUCAUAGUCCGAGAGCCAGUAACGCGCGCGAUAUCUGACUACACACAACUGCGCAGUCGCGCUACACCAUCUGCGCCGGCGCACCCUCAGAUAGCAGCACACCCUGUACCUGACGCUGCCAAGCCUUUUGAACAUCUUGCUAUAUCACCUGAUGGUUCCAUUAAUAUAGCUUACAGGCCAAUAGCAAUAUCUCUGUACCACGCAUACCUGCAUCGGUGGCUGGAAGUGUUCCCUCGAGAACAAAUACUGGUAGUGAACGGUGAUCUGCUAAUUGAGGAUCCGGUACCACAGCUCCGACGCAUCGAGAAGUUCCUUGGACUGGAACAUAAGAUUGGAAGAAAGAAUUUCUACUUCAACGAAACAAAAGGUUUCUACUGCCUUCGAAAUGACACCACGGACAAAUGUCUGCGGGAAACAAAGGGACGCAAACAUCCCCGGGUCGACCCUGCAGUCGUCACCAAAUUAAGAAAGUUCUUCAUUCAACACAAUCAGAGGUUUUACGACCUCAUUGGUGAAGAUCUUGGCUGGCCAGAAGAUUAGGAAACUAAAGAUAAAAGGCCUAUCGGCCACUAACUUGUUGUGAUCAACAUACAUAUCAUGUGUCACAGAUACAUAUCACUAGCGUGUAAAUUUUUUAAAAUCGUUUAUGUAUACAUCUAGUAUAAUAACAUAGAAUAAGAAACCCGAAGAGAAAUUUUAUUUAUAUCUAGCAACAUUUUAUUAUUAAAUAUUUUAAAUUUUAUAACGAUUCUAGUCAAUGGUUUCCUUGUUUGUUUUCGUUGACUGUUAUCUAAUGUAAGUUUGAGUGAAAGUGACGUCUAAAGUAUGGGAACAACACGGUGUAAUGGUUACGUGGCAUUCAUUUAGUUUCACAUCAUUAUUUAGUAAACAAUUUAAAACUAGAUUUUCCACAGGCAAUUUUAAAGCACUGAUUUGAUAGACCGACCCACUGAAAUCCUGAGCAAUAUAUUUUUAUAUAUAAUUAAGUAUUGUAUUAAUUAUACAGCGUUUAUUAUACAGGAUGUGACUUUUUUAAAUAUUUGUGAUAAUUUCAUUUGUUAGAGUUAAUGGAUUUUAUAUAGAUGUAAGUAAUGAACUAAAUAUAACUGUACUAUGUAAUUAUUACGUUCAAAGUGAAUGAAUGUUGUAUAAUUCCGCUUACUAUUUUAGGUGUCGUAAUUUCUGGUCGUGCGUUGUCCUAUAUAUAUGUGUGUGUUUUAUUUAUUAGUGAAUGUGACUUUUCCAAAUCUUAGAUACUUAAUACUACUUAUAUUCAAUAAACUUCAGCAGAAGAAUAUUAAAAUGUAGUCGAAAAUAUAAAAGUUAUACUUAUACAGGAAAAUUCUGGAAUAUUCCACAGUUCUAUGUGUUUAGCUUGUAGUGAGAUCAAUGAGGUCUUUGGUGUGUUUUUACAUAGCGCCAUGGACUGGUUUCCACGCAGUAUCUUUUUAAUUUAAAAGUUUUGGAGAGAUAUAAAUUCGACGCGGGUUUUAGAAGUAUUCUAUUUAAGUGUAACGUCCAAGACUGAAGAGUUAGUUGAAUAAGUCUAAGUAAUACCUAUUUAGCAUAAAAUGUCCAUAGGUAAUACGUGAGACGGUGAGCCCUGAACACAGCUUUUUGAAGCUUCAAGUAUCUCGUGAUAUGUAAAACACACGAUUUGUUUACGCACCGUAAGGACGGUAACUCGUGCCCAUAAAACAUUAGAGAAAUAAAUUAUGUUCCGUUUAGUUCAUAAUUAGGGGUAAUUUAAACAUAACCUACCCCUAAUUAUGAGGAAACGUGAAACUUUGUUUCGUUUGCACGAAAAUCUAACAAAUUAUAUGAUAUUUGUGAAGUUUUGAAUUAAUUUGAUGGUUUUAUGAGAAUUCUAUUUUACUUUUAUGCAAAGCAACAAACACUCCCACGCUUUGAUAUAUAUUUUUAUAUAUAUAAUUCUUCUGUACGUGUGUAUGUCACUGAACUUCUCUUAAACGACUGGACCGAUUUUGAUGAAUUUUUUUGUGUGUGUUCAAGGGGAUCUGAGAAUGGUUUAGAUUCACAAUUUUGUCCGCUGGACAAUGUUUUUUUAAUUCAUUUUUAGUUAAUUAGUAGUUGUUGAUUUUGGAAUGUUUUACAUUGGAUACGACAGACGGCACUACCAUCGCAGUGUCAAAUAUUAAUGACGUUAGAUAUUGUCAUAACAUUUGAAUAAUAAUUUUCAUCAAAAUGGUCCAGAAUGUUUAAGCUUACGAGUAUUAAAAAAAGUUAAAAAUUUUCAAAUUAAAGACGUGUAGACAGGACAACGUCUGUCGGGUCCGCUAGUAUAUAUAUAUAUUAUAUACAAACAGGCGCAUUCUAAUAUUUAGAUGUAGAAUUUCGUAGCCAAUCGCGUAGCACAACGCUACGCCGUAGCUUACUACGUAGCGUAGCGUACUAAAAUGCGAACUCUUUCAUAUAGUUAGUUACUUAAAUACAUUACUAAACUAAAUCAAAGUUGUAUCAAACAAUCCACCGUACAUAUGUACAAAUAUUAUAACAUAAACACAAACAAUAUUGAAAACACUUGAUCAUACAUUUCAAUAGAGCGGAGUUUAAUUAACAAAAUGGUUUGUUCACAGGGAUAUAUUACUUCAAAUGAGAAUACGCGUGAUAAAGAUCGUAUAAACGUACAAUUCCAAUACAGUUAGAUUUGAAUCACAACCAAAGGUAUUGUUUUCAUAAAACUAACAUAUUUGAAUCUGAAAAAUAUUCAUUGAUAAAAGCAUUCAAUUAAAACCAUGAUUCGAUAAAUACUCGGAACUGGUAAAAAAACGUAAUACGACUGUUUUUGUGUUAUCAAAUCUCCAAAAGGUAUUUAUGAAAAAUAUAGUGAAAAUAAUGACCAAAUCUAUCCUAGUUAUCGAACCAAAUAUUCAAAUAUGAAAUUUCAAGAGUAGUUAAAUUUAUAACUACUUUAUACAUCAUGUUUAAAUAAGAAAGAAAUAGGAUUACAUACCUUGACUCCUUGACUUGACAAACAAAAGUAUUCUUAACCAAAAACAAUAAAACGUUUGUUGGCAAAAAUCUUUUUGGAAUGAUAAUCGUGUGUUUCACAUUUCGCAAGAGUCACUUUGAACUUUGUAAGGCGGAACACCUACCCGCAAUGUUGAAUCGGAUAGAGGCAAUCGGUGUAAGGGUGAAAUUAUUUUUAAGUAGAAUAUUUGCUUCCAAAAUCCAGAAUCAACGAAUAUUUAUAUGUUUUUAUUGUCCCUUUUAUUGGCGCAUUUACGAGAAUAUUCGUAAUAAUAAUAAAUAUUUCAGUAAACUAUUAAAAUUAAUGUUUUUACAAAGGAAUUUAAUAAGCACUCGCUGCGUAUUUUAUGUCGAUGCGUUGAAGUUACUUCAAGUAUAGUCUUCAUAAAAAUUAGAAAUUAUAAGAAAAGAAAAUAUGUACAAAUACCAUUUUAAAAAAACGACAACAGUGUUCACAUUUUUCUAAACUUGAGUAAUAGUCUGCGAUGUAAAUAUAAAAGAAUAAUCAAAUACAAAUUCUGUUAUCAACUGUACUUGAAGUGCUUCAGCGACUAGAAUGAAACAAGAAUAUCAAACAUAUCAAAAAAUUUUCAAUAAUAUACCUAGUUAAGUUUAACAUAAGAUCUAUAUUAAGAUAAUCUUUUAACUAAAAUACAUAAGAAUCUUUAUUUGUUUAGGUAAUUCACUAGUUGUUAGAUAUCACUGUUAAAUGUUGUGCACGUUCAUAAAGUGUAGUUAAAGUUUGAUUAGGGCAAUAAUUUUUAUAGUUAUUAACAAAUAUUAUUUAGGAAAACAAUAAAAAAUGUCUAAAGAUCUAUUAUUUACAUGUAUAACUACAAAUUGUUACUAACAGUCGCACUCAGAGAUACUUAAUGAUUACUUAAAAUAUUUCUUAGUAACGAUUUUGUAUCGAAAAACAAUUGCUAAGGACUGGGUUAAGUAACCAUUAAAUGAUUCUGAGUACGGCGUUAUGAUUACAAGUCUAUUUCUUUUCUGCUUGCAUUUAAUUUUACAAUUGUUAUUUUCUUAAAUCAUAUUACGUUGUUUGUCACUGACAUUUUGAGAGUAUUAACUAAAUUUUAAAUGUUACCUUAACACCUUGUAAAUAUCUUCUAAAUCUCCCUUCUGUAAGUUAUAUCGUACCUACAUCUUCAAUAAAUAAAAUAUGAAACAAA